AAAGGGAGAGAAAGCAUAGCAGAGUAGAACACAGAGAGAGAGAGAGAGAGAGAGAGAGAGAGAAUGGGAAGAGAGGUCGCAGAAAGCUGCGUGGAUAGUAUACUGACGGAGAUGGUUUCCACUUACUGCAAUCGGUUCUACGCCAAUAAGCCAGAGCUCGCUGCUCGUAGGAUCGAGGCCAUUGGUUACCAGGUCGGCCAUCAGCUCUCCGAACGGUACACCAUGGAACGCCCUCGGUUUAAUGAUCAUCUAGAGGCAAUCAAGUUCAUCUGCAAAGAUUUCUGGUCUGAGCUAUUCAAGAAGCAGAUAGACAACUUGAAGACCAAUCAUAGAGGUACCUUUGUAUUGCAAGAUAAUAAGUUUCGUUGGCUGUCACGCAUGUCAAUUGAUCCAUCUGAAAAUGGAGAUUUAUCUCAAGAUAAUCCUGAGGCAGCUGAAAACAAGGCAGCACAAAUGACAAGCAUGCAUCUCUAUUUCCCUUGUGGAAUUAUAAGGGGUGCUCUUUCUAAUUUAGGGAUCCCUUGUGCAGUUUCUGCAGAUAUGUCCAACCUUCCUGCAUGUUCAUUUGUGGUUCGCAUAAAGGCUUGAUGACGGUUUUUCCAGAAAUUCAGCUUAAAGGACUUUUUUGUUACGAAGAAGAUCCGUAUUCAACUGAAUGUGAAUAUAGGUGGCAAAUUUUCACGUGCC